AUGCCGCCGCCCAAUCAUCCACUCUCCCCAACAUCCGUCGUGCUCACCUUGAUUCUCACCGUCUCGCUGUGUUAUGUCUCUGCCGACGUGCCGAAGGAGCUUGACAAAUUUCUUGAGAAGCUGUUCGAGUUUGAGGAAUGCGAAGAAUGGGUAGGCGACUCGAGCUACGUCUCAGUGGCCACCCGGGAGUGCAGUCCAUUUACAUGCAAUUUUCCGCUGGAAGUCUGCUCGAGACCAGCGGCAAAAUACCAAGACAAAACCGCUAAUCUCUGCCGGGCCAUACCGUUCGAGUGUGUAACAGCGCUGAAUGGUGGCGUCCCACUUGGUACCGUAGCCACCACAUCAGCCCCUAUAUUCACGAUGCCACCCUCGAUUUUUGGCAUAACUCCACCAUCCAACACACCACCUCCCCUCGUUUUCCCAGGUGCUACGCCAAGCCCAUUUCUUCCGGCACCCAAAGUGAGUCCGGCCCCUAUCAAUGUGCGCCCACGCGACAUCUGUGAAAUGGGCCCACCAACCGGACGAUUUUGUGGCUUCUCACAAAAAUACGUCUACAAUAAAGAAACCUUCGAAUGCGACGAAUUUUGGUUCCCCGGCUGUCGCACCGAUGAAACGAACGCGAAUCUCUUCAACACACGCAGGGAAUCCAAAAAGCAGCGUGCC